UUGUCGCUGUAUAGUGACGUCACGGGCCUCAUUGACAGAGGGUACUCUCGUUCGUAUUAUACAUCCAUGUGUGCGACUUGUUAGACGCAAAAUAAACUUGCUGACAGGCACAAAAAUAUGAAUUUAGCCGCGUUAGUGCACAGCCUCCGAUGCUCUUUGUUACGGAUCGAGAGCAGACUGCUGCAGGCGGCGGGACUAGACCGACAUCUGGCUCCAGCGCUGGCAGUCAAUGGCCCCAGCCUCCUGCCCCAGCUCCAGCCUCAGGUGGGGCAGGAGCUGGAGGAGCAGUCCCCUGGCCUCCAGGACAGCAUUAUGUGGAUGGCAGUGCCCAAGAAGAGACGCACCAUAGAGGUCAACCGCACCAGAAGGAGAUGUGAUAGCAAACUCCUAAAAGUCAAGACCAACAUCGAGCCGUGUCCAGAGUGUGGCCACUUGAAGCAGAAACAUAUCCUGUGUGGCUUCUGUUACGCCAAGGUGCGCAAAGAGACGGGUCAGAUUCGUUAUCAGAUACAAGCGAUGGAAGGUGGCCCGCUGAGGGCCCCAAUUGAAGAGACGGUUGUGCUGUAUGAUGGCGAGACGGCAGGACCGCAGGACAAAGAUAAAAGGAUAGUGGAGAGGCCCAGGAAGAGGCCGGCCUGGUUCAGCUCAUGAAUCUGUGUUGGCUACACGACAUCAGUUCAAAAACGGUCCACUCAGAUACAUACUAAUGCUUCAUUUGAUAGUGAACAACGAAUUUGACCAGGCUCGUAAUGAGUAAAUGAAAGAGGUUAAUGUAUUGGUUUAGUAUCAGAAGAGAUACAGUUUCACUUACAUCUGUGAUAAUACUGUACUAUAUCAUUGUGUGGGUAAAAAAGCCUAAAAAUUUGAGGAUCACCCAACUACAAAGUCUUUGGAGUUGUUGGUACCAGACACCAUUGUCUUUAUUGUUUCAACUUGGUUGUCUGACUUGAAGCCAGAGAAAUGAACUGUAUAUUUGAAUGUGAGACAAUAAAUUAAUUGUUUGUGUAAAA